AGAGCUAUAUAAUUUCUUCUACAUAUUUUUAUGUUCACCUACCUCUUUCUCUAGGCAUUUUUUUCAAGAUGGAUACAUUAUGGAUUAAAUAUCUUAUUUGGGCUAUUUGGCAUACUUUAGGUGCUGUAGCGAUCGAGACAGCCACGACAUUGCCACCGAAGUUAGCGAAUCUAAUGAGGAGAACAAAUACCACGCACAUAAAAGAUUUACUCAAAAACACAAGGAGAAUCAUCAACGGCGUACAAAGCGAAGGGAAACCUUAUAUGGUGUACCUGAAGCUGCCGACUAGCAGUCCUAAAUUCAAAGAUUACAAACGAUGGUUGUGCGGCGGGGUGAUAGUCCACGAUGAGUAUAUCCUCACUUCCGCUGCCUGCAUUGAGGACGUUGGCCAUUUCUAUAUCGUUUCCGGAGUAUCAAAGUUUUCAUUUGACGAUGAUCGCCAGAAUAAUAUGUGUAUAAAGAACGGUGCUAAAAAGGCUAUAUGGAAAUGUAUUCCGAGAAACUACGUUUUCGACGGUCACGAGAAUGACAAUAUCAGAUGGAUGAACAAUGACAUAGCUGUUGUUAAGGUGGAAGACGAAUUUGACUUCAAUCGGCGAAUUAGAGGUUGCGACUAUAUACCCAGACCAAUAUGCUAUAACAACCAGAGUAUUAAGUAUGAGGAACCCGGUACGGAGGCCAUAGUAUCUGGAUGGGGAAGUACCAACAAGUAUAAUGAUUGGAUAAACUCGCGUAGAUCUCGUAGAGAUUUUGACAAAACAGCACUUCUCGAAGCCAACGUUAUGGUGAUGGCUAAGAAUCGUUGUAAGAAGCGAUGGGGCAGUCGAUAUCACAAUAUCAUAGACAACUAUAUGAUCUGCACUAGCGACAUGACGUCGGAUUUAAGUGAAAUCUGUUCGGAAAAAUAUGUGGACUGCCAGGACAUACCUGAUGAAACCUCUGACGAAUUUAGACGUCUUUUGGAGCCACCGCCAGAACGGAAUUCUUUGGUCGUACAUUCAGCGUACCACAAUGACACCAGGAAACAACAGCGCAGGUUGACUGGUGGAGGUUUCUGUGAGAACGACCACGGUGGACCCCUGGUUACCGGAGAUGCAGCCAGUGCGAUGGUCAUCGGAAUCAUCUCGGCAUGUCUAGUAAAAGAACGGACCAACCAGUGCUACGGACCUUUCCUCUACACCAGUGUCUAUAAGAAUCGGGUUCUAAUUAACUGCGCAAUUUAUAAAGAUGUUGGAAACGACUGCAACAAACUGUUUCGCGCUAGUAUAACGCAUACAGAAGUUGAAAUGAGUUGGGUCGACCACCCUGACGGACCUGCCAAGAACGAAAUAAAGAAAAUGCGGCGAACAGAAGAAAAAGAGAAAUUGAAAUUAGGAAUCAACACAACUGGAACAACCAAAGUAGACACUACGACCGAUAUUUAUGAACCAGAAGAUAUCCCACUGCAAAAAGUUGGUGUUAUACUAAGAUCGCAUCCUGAAAGCAGGACGAAGAGCGACGACGUUAGAAAUGCAAAUGUUACCGUUGGUACGGUAGCGCCCUCAAUACCAGUUGCAACUAUGCAUAUUACUUCCGGAACCAGUCAAACUACAGUGGAAAGCCAAAGUAAUAGUACUCCUAGUAUCUCAGGUUAA